AUCUAUAGUUAACAAAAAAAAAAAGAAAAAAAUAGUUUUCAAAUCUCUAUAUAAGCGAUGUUUACGAACCCCAAAAUCAUAACACAACAAUAACCAUUAUCAACUUAGAAAAAUGAAUUUUACUGGCUAUUCUCGAUUUUUAAUCGUCUUUGUAGCUCUUGUAGGUGCUCUUGUUCUUCCCUCGAAAGCUCAAGAUAGCCCACAAGAUUAUCUAAGGGUUCACAACCAGGCACGAGGAGCGGUAGGCGUAGGUCCCAUGCAGUGGGACGAGAGGGUUGCAGCCUAUGCUCGGAGCUACGCAGAACAACUAAGAGGCAACUGCAGACUCAUACACUCUGGUGGGCCUUACGGGGAAAACUUAGCCUGGGGUAGCGGUGACUUGUCUGGCGUCUCCGCCGUGAACAUGUGGGUUAGCGAGAAGGCUAACUACAACUACGCUGCGAACACGUGCAAUGGAGUUUGUGGUCACUACACUCAAGUUGUUUGGAGAAAGUCAGUGAGACUCGGAUGUGCCAAAGUGAGGUGUAACAAUGGUGGAACCAUAAUCAGUUGCAACUAUGAUCCUCGUGGGAAUUAUGUGAACGAGAAGCCAUACUAAUGAAGUAAUGAUGUGAUCAUGCAUACACACGUACAUAAAGGACGUGUAUAUGUAUCAGUAUUUCAAUAAGGAGCAUCAUAUGCAGGAUGUAUCAAUAUUUAUCAAAUAAUACAAAUAAGAGCUGAGAUUACGAGAAUCUAUUUAAAUUAAAAGUUACAUACUUAAUUAUUAUAGUUAUAUAUGUAAAAUAUGUGGCCUUUUUAAAAGUUACAUAAUUAAUUAUUAUAGUUAAUGUCUUUCAAAAAUUUAUAACUUUAUAACAUCCUCUAUUCUAUGUAAUACAAAAACAAUAUUUCUUAUGUUC